AAAGAGAGAGAGAGAGAGAGAGAGAAGGAGGGAGAGAGACAGCGAGAGCUGGGUUGGGUUGGGUACGCAUUGGAACUGUGUGUGGUAGAGGAACGUUGAACUAUGAAAUGACGUUUAUACUGUUGACGUGACGUAGUUUUGUAUUGGGAGUGUCAUUUUUUUUCUAUAUGACUCGAGAUUGUUUUGUUACUGAAAAAUAGUAUUUCAAUUAUUUUGGAUCAGCCACAGAAUAAACUACGUUAAUUCAAAAUGGCGACGCUUUCUUUACGAAUUUCGAUUCCCGAAAAAAAUGCGACCAAAAUGAUGCAAUUUGAUCCAAAUACAGCAGUUUAUGAUGCAUGUCGCAUAAUAAAGGAGAAACUUGCAGAAGCCAGCAAUAUGGAACAAACAAAAGAUUACGGUCUAUUUUUGGCCGACGAAGAUGCGAAAAAAGGAGUAUGGCUCGAACCUGGACGAAAUUUAGAUUAUUAUAUACUACGAAAUGGUGACCUUUUAGAAUAUAAGAAAAAAAUGAGAACCCUGAAAGUACGGAUGCUUGAUGGAACGUUAAAAACCGUAUUAGUCGAUGACAGUCAACCGGUCGCUAAUUUAAUGGUUGUUAUUUGUACAAGAAUCGGUAUUACAAACCAUGAUGAAUAUUCCUUAGUUCGCGAACUUGUGGCUGAAGAAGCUGAGAACCCUAAACAAGGAAAUUUUGGAACUUUAACUUUAAAGAAGAAAAAAGACGACAAAGGCGAAAAAGACGUAAAAAUGAACCAACUAAGAAAGAAACUAAAGACUGACGACGAAGUUAAUUGGAUUGAUCCCAGCAAAACCUUGAGGGAACAGGGGGUAGACGAAACAGAAACAGUAUUAUUGCGAAGAAAAUUUUUCUAUUCUGAUCAAAAUAUUGAUAGCAGAGAUCCUGUACAAUUAUCACUUUUAUAUGUACAAGCCCGAGAUGCUAUUCUAGACGGUACACAUCCGAUUACCCAAGAAAAAGCUUGUAUUUUCGCUGGUAUACAAUGUCAAAUUCAGUUUGGAGACUAUAAAGAAGAAAAACAUAAACCUGGGUUUUUAGAUUUGAAAGAAUUUUUACCUCAAUCGUACGCUAAAGUUAAAGGAAUAGAGAAAAAGGUGUUUGCUGAACACAAAAAGCAUCAGGGUUUAUCAGAACUAGACGCCAAAGUUCUUUACACAAAAACUGCACGAUCUUUGAACACGUAUGGAGUUACCUUCUUCCUCGUAAAAGAAAAAAUGAAAGGAAAAAAUAAGAUGGUACCACAACUAUUGGGGGUCACGAAAGAUUCCGUACUACGACUCGACGCAAAAACGAAAGAAAUCCUAAAGGCUUGGCCUUUAACGACUGUACGAAGAUGGGGCGCAUCUCCAAAUACCUUUACAUUAGAUUUUGGAGAUUAUUCCGAUCAUUACUACUGUGUUCAAACCACAGAAUCCGAACAAAUUCUACAAUUGAUAUCGGGCUACAUCGACAUCAUACUUAAGAAGCAAAAAGCUAAAGAUCAUUUUGGUAUUGAAGGAGACGAAGGUUCUACCAUGGUGGAAGACAGUGUUUCGCCUUUGAAAGCAACAAUAAUGCAACAUGAAACUGGAAACGUUGGAAAAGGAAGUAUGGAAUCAGUUUCUGUAGCCAUACCAGCUAUUAUGAGAAGUGGAGUUGAUGGUGCAAGAUUAUAUGGAACAGGAUAUAUGGCGAGCGCGCAGUAUACGACCAUAAGUGAACAAGCUAACGUUUCUCAUGCUCCGACAAUAAUUCAACAACCCAAAAUUACGUCCGUCCUUACAGAACCACAACGUGCCUUAUCUUCGACCAUUAUUAGUGGUCAAGAAAUCAUUCAAAUCGCUGAAACAGAAUUAUCUUGUAAAGCUUCUGUUCCUGAGCUUGGCAAUGAUGUCACUUCGCUACGAUGGAUAGAACAAACUAUCGACACGCACAAGCAAAAUAUUGGUUCACAAAUAGCUGCGAUGAACGCUGCUACUGCUCAGGUUGUAACGUUGACGUCUGGAACCAACGAUGAUGUCGAUCAUACUGCUGUUGGCGCUGCUAUUACAACCAUAACAUCUAAUUUGCCAGAAAUGACGAAAGGUGUAAGGAUGAUAGCUGCCUUGCUUGAUGAUGAAUCGUCAGGCGAUCGAUUGCUAGACGCAGCAAGAAAACUUUGUUUAGCUUUCUCUGAUUUACUUAAAGCCACGGAACCUGGAACUAAGGAACCUAGGCAGCAUUUACUUAACGCAGCAUCGCGCGUAGGCGAAGCUUCUUAUCAAGUGCUUACAACGAUUGGUGAAGAUGACGGCUCUAAUCGAGAAUUGCAAGAUAUGCUUUUAUCAUUGGCAAAAGCGGUUGCUAAUACUACGGCUGCUUUAGUACUGAAAGCAAAGAAUAUCGCUGCUACCUGUGAUGAUUCAGUCACCCAAAAUCAAGUAAUCUCAGCUGCAACACAAUGUGCACUUGCUACUUCACAGCUUGUUGCCUGUGCUAAAGUUGUAGCACCAACGUUGAAUUCACCAGCUUGUCAAACUCAACUUAUGAACGCUGUCCGCGAGGUAACAAAGGCGAUUGAAAAUCUCGUUAAGAUUUGCAAUGACACUUGUCCUGACGAAAAUCUUCUCAAGGAAUUGAGUAACGCUGCUGCAGAUGUCACAAAAACUCUUAACGAUCUUCUGAAUCACAUAAAACUGGUGACUAGAAAUGAAAAAGCGAAAGAAUCAGUCCAAGAGGGUGCAGUAGAGACAAUACUAGUAGCGGCUGAUAAAAUUUUCGCGAAUACUGGAAACGCCGGUGAAAUGGUUCGUCAAGCCAGAAUCGUUGGUCAGGCUACAGCUCAAUUAAUACAAAGUAUCAAGGGUGAUGCUGAGAAACAGACCGAUUCUGAGCAACAAAAGAAACUUUUAGCAGCGGCUAAAAUAUUGGCCGAUGCAACUGCAAAAAUGGUGGAGGCUGCUAGACAGUGCGCAAGUAGUCCACAAGAUAGUGUUAUGCAGGACAAACUUUGUCAAGCCGUUGAAGAAUUGCGAGAAGCUACUACUGCAGCAGCUACUCCAGCUCUUCGCCGUAAUUUGAUAUACAAAUUAGAGCAAUGUGCUAAGUAUGCGGCAGCAUCAGCUACUCAAUGUGUUGCUGCCUCCUCGGGAGUAAGUUCCCACAAUAUAAAUAAUAUUACACAACAAGAGCUUAACGUGGAGUGCCGAUCGGUGGUUCAGCACAUUCCCAACUUGGUAUCAGGAGUUAAGGGAACCACAUAUAAUCCUGAUGACCCAAGUAUGCAGUUGAACCUCAUCAAUGCAUCAGAACAGUUUUUGCAACCUGGUUCAGCUGUAGUAAAGGCAGUCAAGGCUGUUCUACCAACCAUUACCGAUCAAUCUUCAGCUAUGCAUUUAAACAACAGUGCUCAACAACUUGGAUUAGCGUUGACCGACUUGAGAUCUGCUGCUAAUCGCGCUAGACAAGCGUGCUCUGGCCUGGAACUCGAUGCUGCCGAAGAACUCAUUAAGAGCUUGAGGAUUGAACUACAAGAAUUGUACAAGGCAGUUGAAACGUCUUCUUUGAAACCAUUACCAGGUGAAACUGCUGAAUCAACGUCGCUUAAGCUUGGUUCUGUCUCGAAAAGCGUUGGAUUUGCUAUGGCUCAACUUCUCUCUGCUGCCAGACAAGGCAACGAAAACUACACCGGAAGUGCUGCGAGAGAAGUUUCAGCAACGCUUAAAGAUAUGCUUUUGGCAGUCAGAGGUGUGGCUGCUACAAUAGAUCAACAAGACACUCAACGUACGGUUCUCAUGAAUGCUGAUGACGUGAUUCUAAAAUCUGUAAAAUUAAUCAAAGAGGCACGAUGGGCACUUAAGAAUCUUAACCACGCCGACAAUGCGCAGAAUCUUACAGCUAUUGCUAAGGAAGUAUCGUAUUCGUUGAACAAAUGCGUUUCUUGUUUGCCUGGACAAAGAGAUAUUGACACGGCAAUCAAUAAUAUAGUAGCAAUCAGCCAGGUUCUUGAAUCAGAGGACUUUGUAGCAUCAGACAGUAACUACGGCCAAACCCAAAAUAAUUUGAGUCACGCUGCAGCUAAUCUGAUCGAAGCGUCCUCGGAUAUUUUAUCAUCGGUCCGUUCGCCCUUAGAAUUAGCAGCUUCUUCCAGAAACUUUAGCAGUGUCUUCAAAGACCUAAUCGACAUUGGAACAGAAAUAGUAGCACAAGCAGCUGUUGCAAACAAAACGCCAAUCGUUGUUUCUUUGAAAAACGUCAGUUCGAAGUCUUCCAAAUUUUUGUCUUCAGCUAAAUCAGUAGCGGCUGAUCCCAAUGCUCCAAACGCUAAGAAUCAACUUUCUGCGGAUUAUCGCUCGCUUAUCGAUUCUAUCAACUAUCUCACCGACAUAUGCACAUCUGCCGCUCCAGGACAAAAAGAAUGUGAUAAUUCCAUAAGGAAUAUUCAAUCUAUGCUUCCACUUUUAGACAAUCCAACCGAACCGAUUUCCGAUGCUUCUUAUUUCGAUUGCCUCGAGACGGUAAUGGAAAAGAGUAAGAAAUUGGGAGACGGUAUGACUGGCAUAGCCAAUUAUGCCAAGAAAUCAGAAUACGAACAAUUUUCCGAAGCCAUCAAAGGCGUUUCGUCUUCAAUUUGUGGCUUGAUAGAAGCUGCCGCACAAGCCGCAUACUUGGCUGGCGUCAGUGAUCCGACAUCGGUUGCUGGAAAACCUGGUCUAGUUGAUCAGGCCUAUUUUCUUCGUGCAGCACAGUCUAUCCAUUCAAGUUGUCAAAAGCUUGGCAGUCCAACUCUAUCCCAGCAGCAAGUUUUGUCUGCUGCCACUGUGAUCGCAAAACACACAAGUGCCUUAUGUAAUGCCUGUCGUCUUGCAUCUAGCAAGACAAGCAAUCCAGUCGCCAAGAAACACUUCGUUCAAUCGGCUAAGGACGUAGCCAAUUCUACGGCUAUUUUGGUAAAAGAAAUCAAAGCUCUCGACGUGAAUUAUUCGGACAACAACAGGGAGAGAUGCGUUGAAGCUACAAAACCUUUGCUGGAAGCAGUCGAUAAUUUGUGUACUUUCGCCAGUUCACCGGAAUUCACUAACCAACCGGCCAAGAUAUCGAUUUCCGCGAAGAAUACACAAGAGCCAAUCAUCGAAGCAGGAAAGUUAAUCAUCGAAGGCUCCUGCGCUAUGAUACUAGCCGCUAAAAGUCUCGCGGUCAGUCCAAAAGAUCCGCCCACGUGGCAGUUGUUAGCAAAUCAUAGUAAAAAUGUCAGCGAUUCAAUCAAGUCUCUUGUGGCCUCGAUACGUGACAAAGCACCUGGUCAGAAAGAAUGCGAGAUCGCAAUCAGUAAAAUCACAGCGAAGAUACAUGAUCUUGACACAGCUUCUCUGAACGCAGUGUCCCAAGUACUAGCUGCGCGCAAAGAAAAUUCGGCUCAAGGAUUCAUGGACCAGAUGGAUAACAGCGCUUGCGAAUUGCGAGAAAGAUUAGAGGCUUUGCGUAUCGCUGCUAAGUACGAGGCUGAAAAUAUCGGUCACACUGUUACACAAGUGGCCAUGUACUGCGAGUCUUUGGUACAGAGCGGAAUCUGCUCGGCUUCCCACAUGCUUCAGUCCAAGCAACAAAUGAUGCUACUGGAUCAAACGAAAACGGUUGCAGAGUCAGUUUUGCAACUGAUACUUGUAACGAAAGAAUGCGGUGGUAAUCCCAAAGCUUUGCAUAUUCAUAACGACGUCGACGACAGUGUCGAUUCGACGAAGGAAUCUCUUCAAGAAUUGCAAAACUCCCUGGAGAACAUUUCUACAUCCAAUGGUAUAGUGACAGGAAUUAUCGAUACCAUAAGUCGAGCAAUGGUCAAGCUGGAAAAUCACAGAAUGUCUUCGAUUGAAAACGUUGAUUCGUUUGUUGAUUAUCAAACGAGGAUGGUCGAAACUGCCAAGGAAAUCGCCAGGCUGUCGCAGGAAAUCACGAGUAGCUCAACCACCAACGUCUCAAGACUGGGCUCUCUGGCAGUGGAAAUCUCCCACAAGUAUACUCAACUUGCACGCGACACUUCUGGUGCUUCUGCGGCUACAUGGAAUGCCGAAGUAUCUCUAAAACUGCGAACAAGCGUGCAAGAACUCGGAAAAGCUUGCACUGAUAUAGUACGCGCUAUUGGCACUUAUCAAAUGUUGCCGGACGACAUGUAUUUGCGGGGAGAAAUUUCCGAGCACAGCAAAGCCGUCUGCGAAAAAGUAUCCCAAGUACUGGCUGCUCUUCAAGCCGGAUCACGUGGAACACAAGCUUGCAUUAAUGCAGCCACUACAGUUUCGGGAAUCAUUGGCGAUUUGGAUACGACCAUCAUGUUCGCUACCGCCGGUACUUUGCACGCGGAGAACGAAAGCGAAACCUUUGCCGAUCACAGAGAAAAUAUCUUGAAAACUGCGAAGGCCUUAGUCGAAGACACCAAGACUUUGGUUGCCGGCGCAGCGUCUUCCCAAGAGCAAUUGGCAGUGGCCGCUCAAAAUGCUGUAUCGACUAUCGUUCAACUCGCUGAAGUUGUCAAGUACGGAGCAGCGAGUCUUGGAAGCGAUAAUCCAGAAGCUCAAGUCAUGUUGAUAAAUGCGGUAAGAGAUGUUGCUUCGGCUCUCGGAGACCUUAUACACGCUACCAAAGCUGCUAGUGGAAAGGUUAUACAUGAUCCGAGCAUGGCUCACCUGAAAGACUCAGCCAAGGUAAUGGUUACGAAUGUAACAUCUCUAUUAAAAACCGUGAAAGCUGUUGAAGAUGAACACACGCGUGGAACUCGUGCCUUAGAAUCUACUAUAGAAGCCAUAGGUCAAGAGUUGAGAACUCUACGAUCGCCUGAUAGUCUUAAGAGUAAUGCUAGCCCUGAGGAUCUCUUGAAAUGUACGAAAAGUAUUACAGUUUCAACGGCAAAAGCAGUGGCUGCUGGAAACAGUUGCAAACAAGACGAUAUAAUCGCUGCUGCGAAUAUGGGCAGAAAGUCUAUCAGUGACAUGCUGGCAACAUGUAAAGCAAUUGUUCAAAAUAGCCACGAAUCAGCAGAGAUGAAGGAACGUGUUCUGCAAGCAGGUCACGAUGUAGGUUUGAAUUACAGGGAAUUGUUGAACGUCAUUCUCCAAAUAUCAACGAAAUCCAAUGAAUGCAAACAUUUGUUGCUACCGAUUUCCCGAAAAAUUGCUCAAAACGUAACUGAACUCGUUGCCGUUGCUGAGAUUCUUAAGGGAAAUGAUUACACCGACGCUGAUGAGUCAACGCUGAUCGCAGAAAAUGAAUUGUUAGGAGCUGCUGCUAGUAUCGAUGCGGCUGCUAAAAAGUUGGCCAGUCUUCAACCCCGUAGGAGUAUUCAGGAAACCAAAGAAGAACUGAAUUUCGACGAAAUGAUUCUAGAAGCUGCCAAAUCAAUAGCCGCAGCGACGUCAGCUUUGAUCAAAGCAGCGAGUGCCGCACAAAGAGAAUUGAUAUCUUCAGGUAAAGUCUCGCGAACACCUUUGACAAGCUCAGACGAUGGACAGUGGUCCGAAGGAUUAAUAUCUGCGGCAAGAUUAGUUGCUGCAGCCACACACAGCUUAGUCGAAUCCGCGAACGCUUUAAUACAAGGUCUAAGCAGCGAAGAAAAGUUAAUCUCAAGCGCAAAACAAGUCGCAAGUAGCACGGCACAAUUAUUAGUAGCAUGCAAAGUAAAGGCUGACCCUGACAGCGAAAGCACAAAGCGUUUGCGAGCAGCCGGAAACGCUGUCAAACGAGCCACGGAAAAUUUGGUUCGGGCAGCUCAACAGGCGAUUGAACACGAAGAAGAACGUUCGCUUGUACUCAAUCGCCGAAUAGUUGGUGGAAUUGCACAAGAAAUUAACGCUAGAUCCGAGGUAUUGCGCAUAGAAAAAGAACUUGAAGAAGCUAGAGGCAGACUUACAGCCAUAAGACAGGCCAAAUAUCGCCAUCGCAGCGAUACAUCCGACGUCGAAACCGACAACGACCAAACCAAUUACGACUCUCUUCCCCGCUCGGAUACGCGAUACAAUACCGCUUCAAGUCCUCUCAACGCGCAAAGUCCGAAUCCUUAUAUUUUCAAUCAAUCGCCAAAUUCCACUAGAAAUGUGAACCAUGUGAAGAAUGAUGGGAAGUACUUAAUCAGCCCGGAGAAAGUGUACUCUACUCAGAAUACACUUGAGAUGAGAAGGAAGGAGAAGGAAAAUUACGGCAAUGAGGGAACCGAAACCAUAAUCGUAGAUUCGCCGUACCAGCAAGAAUCGUUUUAUGGAAAGAGUAGAGAUGGAUUUUAUGAUCCAGUUCAUCAAGCCCCGUUUGAACCAAAGUCACUGAAUCGUCAAUUUGUCAAAGAUGCGCAAAAAGAAAGGGAAAGCCCCAACUAUUUUAAUUUAAAAAGCUUAGACCAAGCUCUAGACUCUCGCGUUACUGAUGCUCAAAACGACCAAUUUACUUGUAAAAAUAACGAGAGCUACAUCUCGCAACUUCAGAAAUAUGAGCACACUCCCAUGUAUCCAGAAAGCAUUUCAAACUACCGCACCACUGCCGAAACCUGUCAAGAGCCUAAUAAAGUAUCGCAAAUGUGUACUUCGACGACGACCUGCGAAACUGUGGAUGACGUCAAAGAGGAUAAUAGCUAUUCAAACAAUGAAAAUCAAAUGUUGCAGAAAAUAUCAAAACAGUCAACUACGCGAAAAGUCACGCAGACGAAUAAAGUUAUAACCGAGUCAUCUUCUCACCAACGAAUUCAAAACAAGCAGACAUUUCAAUUUUGAAACUAAUGGCAAUUUUUAAAAUAGUGCUAAUAUAUGUAUGUUUUUUCUAUCGUAACAAAAAAAAUCGUUUCGAGAGUUUUGUAGAAAAAAUUUUAACACAAUAAUAUAGAAGAGAUAUUUUAAAAAAUUGUAAAUAGACAAAUAUUUUAUAAUAUUGUUAACGACUUAUAUUGUGUCGAAAUAUAAACUUUAGUGUAGUAUAAGUAAUAAAAAAGCGCUGUUUGUACAAGUACAAUUUAUACCUUUAUCUUGUCAUAUCAUGAUUUUGUCAGCGUUGCGUUGAUUACAGUUUUGUUUAAUAAAAGAUGGAUAACCUCGUA